AUGUUCCAGCCCAUCUCGAGAACAGCCUUCAACUCAUCAACUCCAUCCAGUCACAUAACACCAACGACAACAAGAAGUUCCCCUAUCCCUUCAGCCUGGACGAUCCUGGACGUCGUCGCACUUUAUACGUCCAUACCCGUACAGGAAGCUAUUAACAAAGUAUACGACAAAAUGGGAACCUCGAUCAACCAUUUCACUAAUACCAACAUCAAAGAUCUCCUGACGAUCAUUACACAAAACGUCUAUUUUAUGUACGGCACUUGCAUCUUCAAGCAGAACAAAGYCCUCCCGAUGGGAUCUAGUGUUUCAGGGAUACUUGCCAUCCUUUUCAUGGACACACUUGAACGGCAAACUCUCUCUUCUUGUACCUACAUCUCUCUAUAUAGCCGUUAUGUCGAUGAUGUUUACGCCCAAGCUAAAGACGAACAGCACGCCGAUAGAUUUCACACCCUAAUGAAUGCACAACACGACAGCAUCGUUUUUGAGAUCGAAAAGCCGACGAAGACUUCAGAUGGCCUCUCUCUCUCAUUGCUCGACUUCAACGUCACAAUUAAAAACGAUGGAUCCUCAUCAUUCGAUUUCUAUAAGAAAAAGGCGAAGAAACCAUUGUUCGUCAACUACAAAUCAUGGCUCCCCGAGUCUGCGAAACGCAACUUUAUCAAAAACGAGAGGGAGAGAAUCAGGCACCGUUGUACUUCCACGAGUGUGGCCACUAAGCGGGACCUGGAAUUUCAUGAAUUGCUUAAAACGAACGGAUACCCCACAAGCUUCAUAGAACGAACCAAACUAGACGCCGCCCGGAACCGUAGUGAAAAACGUAGCACCAACGACGCAGAUCGCACAAACUGGUCAUACCUCAACAUUCCAUACGUCUCUGACGGCUUUAACAAACAUCUCAGGAGUAUUUUCAGCAACGAAGGCCUCAAUGUGAGGAUUUGCCACAGAUCGCAUACAAUACGUAAUGUUCUUAAACACCCUGUAAAGCGCUACACGUGUAAAGUUGACAAAUGCCCUCUAGCAACAUCGGGCUUAUGCUUCAAGCGUGGAGUUGUCUACGAGAUAACAUGCACUACAUGCGAAUCCAAGUACAUCGGCAGCACGAUAAGACAUCUUCAUGACAGAAUCAAAGAACACCUAUCUUCUUCCAAAUCCUNUGCAACUUAA